AUGCUUUCUCCCCUCUCUCUCUCCCCCUCUCCUUCUUUCUUUCAUCUCUCUCUUUCUCUCAGUCCCUCUCCCCUUCAUUUUAACCCUCCCUUCUCCCCCUCUCUGCCUCUUUUUAACUCUCCCUUUCUCCCUCUCCCUCUGCCUCUCUCUUUUUCUCUCUCCCCUCUUUAUUGCUUUCUCUCUGUUUCUCUCUCUCUUCCUCCCCGUCAUUCUUUCUCUCCCCUUCUCAAUCUUUCUCUGCCCCUCUCCCCUCUUUAUCUCUCUCUCUCUCUCUCCCUCACUCCGUCCCCCCUCUCUCUCUCUCUCUCUCUCUCUCUUGAUCUGUCAAUAUCUACCUACCUCAAUAUCUAUCUAUCUAUCUAUCUAUCUAUCUAUCUCAAUUUGUUCAUAUCUAUCUUCCUCAGUCUGUUUAUAUCUAUCUGCUUCUCUAUCUACCCCGUCUUUCCAUAUCUAUCUACCUCAAUAUGUUUAUAUGUAUGUAUGUAUCUCAAUUUGUUCAUAUCUAUCUACCUCUCAGUCUUUCCAUAUCUAUCUAUCUAUCUAUCUAUCUAUCUAUCUAUCUAUCUAUCUAUCUGUUGUGAAAGAAAGACACGGAAAGAAGAAGACUCUCUCCAAUCUCUCCUUUGUCCUGACUUAUUCAGUCUCUCACUGAUCUCUCCCCUGACCACUCUAAUCUCCUCAGACUCUCCAAUCUCUCCUCUGACCACUCUGACUUAUUCAGUCUCUCUUCAAUCUAUUCUCUGA